GAAAGUUGAGAGGUAAGAUGUUUUGAAAGAUGGCAGCCGGCGAGCUGAGGUGUUGGCAGUAGAUGAAAUGGCAUUCACAGAGUAUAUUUCUCAGCGGCGGUGCCUUUAAGAACUGGAAUGCGGCGCUAUAUGAAUGGUUGAAGAUUAGACAGAAAAUAUUUCUCAGACUGUAUAUGAUGGCAGUUGUGUACGAGUUCGUGUGGCGGAUGCUGCAUGCCCUGCUACACCUCCAGCGAACGAUUCUCUCCUGGUUCCGAAUCAGCAUUUGGAACUGGAACUGGCGUCUUUGGAGACGGGCAGUAGCGGCGGUCCAAGUGCCGGCUGUGUUUGGAUUUCAGAACCACACGUACAAUAACAAGAAGAGCUGCGGCAGGGUCCGGUGGAAAUCAGACGGCAAGUCCCUUGAAAAGCUGCCACUUCACGUAGGCUUGCUGAUAGCUGAAGAGGAGCCCCGGUACACAGACAUAGCCAACCUAGUGGUCUGGUGCAUGGCAGUGGGCAUCUCCUAUGUUAGUGUCUACGAUAAUCAAGGUAUCUUCAGGAGAAACAACUCCAGACUCAUGGAUGAAAUCCUGAAACAGCAGCAGGAGCUCCUAGGCCUUGACUCCUUGAAGUACUCAGUUGAGUUUUUAAAUAACAGUAACGACAAACCAGAACAGCAAGUUUUGUCGUGUCAAGCCACAGUUAAAGUGUUGUCUCCGGACGAUGGGAAACCAGGCAUAGUGACAGCUGCUCAGAAGUUCUGCCAGUUAGUGGAACAGCAACAACAAAGGUCCACAGACUUGGAUGUAAAUAUGCUGGACAGUUUGCUUAGAGGUACGAAAGGAAUGCCUGAUCCUGAUUUAGUGAUGAAGUUCGGCACUGUGGACAGCACACUAGGAUUCCUUCCCUGGCACAUCAGACUAGCAGAGAUUAUUUCUUUGCCUUCUCACAUAAACAUCACAUACGAGGACUUUUUCAGUGCGCUGAAGUGCUACGCUGGCUGUGAACAACGUCUAGGGAAGUGACUCUUAGAGUGGAUUGAAAACAAGAAAAGGGACCUGCCAUUUCCUGAUGUUUACAAGAAGCCAAGAACAACAAACACAACACCAGUUCGCCGCUAUUUCAAGUGUUUUAUUUGAAUUCACCAAUCGAGGUUAAUAAAGUGUCUUAUUGCCUCUGAAUGGCUAGCUCAGCAUGUGUUUGUAAGGGUCUGAAAUGUAUGUGCAAAAGUCUGAAUUUAGAAGCCAGAAAAGCCCCUUGAAGGGCAAGUCUCUUAUGUAAAACAAACUUCCAGCAACAUCUGGAUUAGCAGUAUGGUGUAUAAACAUUAUUCAAAUCAAUUAUCACUCUAGUGUUUUGACACUUUUUUUUUUUUUUUUUUUUUUUAUAAAGUAGAUAUAACAUUUUCCAGGGAUGAUGUUAUAAAACAGGAACUUUAAGUGUGGAUUCUUCUGGUUUCUGUAAAUAGCGUUGGGCUACAUGAGUCACUGUAGAUUGUAUAAUCUACAGUAAAAUCCUGCUUUAAGGCACAUAAGUGUAUAAUUGAAAUCUGUAAGUACCUACAGGUUUUGUGAUUAAAUCCCAGUUAUUGGUUGGCUUAUUUCUUCAAAGAAACCACCAUCUGAAAAAUGUUGGAAAAUACUAUUAAAGCAAUGGGUUAUUUUCUUAAUGUUCUAAAACCUGGCUGCGAUUAGUUGGAAUAUAAUAUUUUACGUGGUGCUAGAGUCUAGAUCUGUGUGAUAAACUUGUGUUUUGUCACAAAUCCCUUUGCACUAGAAUCAGUUAUUAGCAGGCAGCACAAUCAACAAAUACCAUUAAAUACAAAGGGACAUUUUAACAAAGCUAUUUAAAUUGCAUUUAAUGGUACUUUGUCUAAAGUAUUGAAGUAUUUCUAAAUAACAUACUGGUAUAGGAAAACAAUAGUCUUAGGUGAUUUAAUGAGCAAUUUAGAGCAGUUUUUUUCUUUUAUAUAUAUACACACACACACACACACACAGUGCCUAUAGAAAGUCUACACCACCU